AUGGCGCUGAACUCUGAUUACCUAGCUGGAGUGAGGAUCUCAACACUAAGGCCAAGUACCUCCUGGCUGACUAGGGAGGCUGAAGAGGACAUCAUCCAUGGAGCGACAGCCUCUAAUCUGCUGCUGGAGGCGGAGCGGGAUACCGCCCCCAUAGUGUUGUGGAUAAACUACUGUCCCAGGAGGAUGGGGGGUGGUAUCUUUGACGACCCUCCAGCCAUCACAGAGAGCGUGAUUCCCCCAGACCAUGGAGACGAUGAGGACGACUUCGACAACCUGCAGUCACCGGGUCCAGACAGUCCCGACUCCGGCCCAGUCGAGCCGCUGCCGGCCAUGCAGGACCAGACGGAACAGACCACUCUGGUCCACAAUGAGGAGGAGGCUUUUGCCUUGGAGCCUAUCGACAUCACUGUGAAAGAGACCAAGGCGAAGAGGAAGAGGAAGCUGAUUGUCGACAACCUGAAAGAGCUGGACAGUAAGUCGAUCCGCGCCCAGCUCAGCGACUACUCGGACAUCGUGACCACGUUGGACCUGGCUCCUCCCACCAAGAAGCUGAUGAUGUGGAAAGAGACCGGAGGAGUGGAGAAACUCUUCUCUCUCCCCGCACAGCCGCUCUGGAACGGCAAACUGCUGAAGGUAAGAGACAGGAGGA